GACUUCUCGGGUUUCAGUUUUCGUUUAGCAACGCCGGAAAGGCGCUUCAGCUUCACUGUGUCGCGAGUCUCGGUCGUGCGCGGUCGAGAGACUACGAACCUGUGCGAUUGUUGUACAACAGUCGCGUUGUAACGGACGAUCGGGGUUUCUGCGAACCACCCUGAACAAGAAUCACAUCAAGGAAGAUAUCAAACGCUCAUUCUCCUCCCGUCGCCGAAUUUGGUCCCGAAUUUGGUCCCGAGGUGCUCGACGAUUUCGCGAUCUCUUGAAAAGUUUGUGCACAUCACAAUAAACUUUGCAGACACCGUGAUACCAGGAAAAAGAUGAAUAAUACAGAAACUGAUUCGUCUUCAAUGAAGUCUCUUGAAACUGUUCUUGUAAAAGAUGCAAAUAUCAUCAGAAUGAAAACUACUGCGAAUCAAGCUGCAUUGCAUAAUGCACAGUCUAUACGGAAUUUACCUAAUAUUUUAAGGAACAGUAACAUAAGAACAUCUAGAAAUCACAAAUCAUUGACUAAGACCGAUACCUUCUUCGUAUCAAGUGCAGAGGAUGUAAAUAGUUCCUUGGAAUUAAACACGACAUUGUCCAGCAUUGACUUAGAUACGGAAGCUAAUUGUAAUACAACUGCAUCACCAAAGCCGCACCACCAAAGAAAACAAGUACACAAUCCAUUGGACGUGCAAUAUGACACUCUUGAUUGCAACAAUAAUAAAAAUAUAAAUAUGCCGCAAAAGAUUAAUACAUCACGUGUUUCAAAUUGCAAGAAAAAUACAUCAAUGAAGAGAUUGAAAUAUAGCAAUAAGCAAAAAAAACGAUUGCAUAACAAAAAGUCGAAAAAAGCAACGACUCGUAAAUCUGGCAGCAGAAAGCAGAUGUCACGUAAAAGGACAAAUUUUAACACUUUAACUGCUAUUCCAGAUGUAAAUAUGAAGAACGUUAUAGUACAAAACACUAAUAAUUUUUUCAAUAAUAAUAUACAUACACAGCCCACGUUUGGACCUAACAUUAUAAAUAUAAAUGUGAAUAACGAUAUCAUAAAUAGCAUUGCAACAAAUUCGGUUAAUUCAUCUGACAUUUCCUAUUGCAACACCGAGGCUUACGGUGUUGAGGAAAAAUAUGGAGCAAAUCCUGUUGUUUCUUUCAUAUCAACAGAUUUCAACACGUCACAGAAUAAAAUUAUUCAAAGAGAUAUUACCAGUUGUGAAUUUCCAACGAUGGAAAAUAGUUCACAAGGAGAGUUGAUAGAUAGGUAUAUUGGCUGUAAUUUUUUAUAUGAAUCUAAAGUAUUGUAUUCUUGUACCUGUGCAAAUUGCAUGUCACAUGACAAAGAUCUUAUAUUUCACGAAGAUCCAAUUUCUACCUCUACCUCAAGUAGCGACGACAUGGAAACAGAUCUCACGUGUGAUUUGUAUACUAAUAUAUAUGAUUUUUAUGUUGAUAAUGAUUUUAAUUUAUUUGGCGAUAAUUUGGUCAUUGAUAAGAAUCUUUUCCGAGAAGAGUUUAGAGAGGAAAAGAACAUUAAGAAGAAUGUAUGUACUAUCAAUAAUAGUACAAAAGAUGAGCUAGUUGAAAGCAUUGCAAAUAUGUCAUCCACAGAACCGAGUAAAUCAUACAAUUUACAAUCUUGCCACAUUGAUAGGAUACAAGAUAUGUAUAUAAAAUCACAUUCUACGGAACUUACACAUUCCACUGGAACAGCUAGAAUGGAAAAUAUAAGAGAUUUUAAUGAAAUGAAUAUCUCCAAUUAUCCAAAUUUGGACAAAUUAUCAAUGAAGGAAAAUAAAAUUACUUCUGAAAAAGAAGCACCCAUUCAAACCGCUAUCUUGACCGAUGUUCCUUCUGUUUUCAACUCCAAAUAUCAAAUGCAAGAAAAUAAAAAAGAUUUAUGUGUUAUCCAGUGUUAUCAGUGUGGGAAACUAUUUAAUAAAAGACAAUUAUGGAAACAUUUUACCUAUUGUGAUUUUUAUAAGGAAAAUUUUACAUGUCAUAUUUGCAGUAAGACAUACAGACACAAAUCAUCAUUAGCUCAGCAUUUACGGAUAACGCAUAAUGUAUUAUACAAUUCCCAUGGGAAGUCCUAUACUUGUACCAAAUGUUCAAAAUCUUAUGUUAGAUAUCGCGCUUUUCAAAGACAUGUGCUUUUUCAUGAUAAUUAGUAAGUGCAAUUGAAUUGUUAUCAAUCAUU